AUGGUGUUUGCACAUUUCAUGGUUGGCAAUGCAUAUGACUUCAAUUCAACAGAUCAGUGGGUGAAAGAGAUGGAACUCGCUCAAUCCGCGGGUAUAGACGGCUUUGCGCUCAAUAUUGGUCUGGAUGAGUGGGUACCGGAUCGUGUCGCCUCGGCCUACGAAGCGGCAUCAACAUUAUCAGAUACAUUCUAUCUGUUCUUCAGUUUCGAUAUGAGUAUAUUCACGUCGAGCGACGUGCAGACGAUGAUCGAUUAUGUCACGAAGUAUCACGGACAUACAAACCAGUUCGUCUAUCACGACGGAGAUUUUGUCAGCACCUUCUCCGGAGAAACAACAUUCGGCUCACCACCAGGCACUGCUUGGGAUACAGCCUUUAUCCAACCUCUCGCUUCUUCCGGAAUCACAAUCCACUUCGUCCCUAGCUGGUCCUCCCUCGACCCCUCAACCGCGUACGACACCAACACCGCCGUCUCCGGCCUCUUCUCCUGGGCCGCCUGGCCAACCUCCGACAACCCCAACGUCACAACCGAAUACGACACCUACUACUCCUCCGCCGCCUCCCGCCUCAACAAAACUUACAUGGCACCCGUCUCACCAUGGUUCUGCACGCACUUUUCCUACAAGAACUGGAUUUAUGCGAGUGAGGAUUUGAUGCAUACAAGGUGGCAGCAGGUGAUCGAUUUGGAUCCGGAGUUGGUGGAGAUUAUUACGUGGAAUGAUUGGGGGGAGUCGAGUUAUUUGGCGCCGUAUCGGGGGCUUGGGGCGCCGACGGGGAGUGAGGCGUGGGUUGAGGGGUUCUCGCAUGAUGCUUGGUUGGAUUUGACGGCGUAUUAUAUCGCGGAGUACAAGACCGGUCGGAAGACGAGUGUGCUCCAGGAGAAGAUCUGGUACUGGUAUAGACCGCAUUCGAAGAGUGCUGUUGCUACUGCUGAUCCGUAUGGAUUGCCGGAGUGGGCUGAUGUUGCGAAGGAUGUGGUGACUGUAGUUGUCGCGCUCGCGGCUCCUGCGACGCUCUAUGUCACCAGUGGGAGUAAUACUGUUGCACAGGAGUGUACGGAGUCGGGUAUGCAUGCCUUUCAGUUUGGUCCGUUCGUGGAAGGCGAGCAGCGGUUCUUGUUGGUGAGGGAUGGACAGGUGGUGUUGAAUGGAACAGGGACUGUGGAUAUAGAGGGACUGAGUGUCAAGGAGUAUAACUUUAAUGCGGCGACGGGUAUAAUCAAGUAUAAUGACGGUAGUUCGUAG